CGGCUCCUCCCAAACUCGCCGCCAGCCCCACACAUCCCAGUCGUCGCCCGUGCCGGCUAGCUCCGCUCCAUCGGCCCGCCUUACCUCUGGCCUCGUCGCCACGGCGACAGCGGCGAUGCUGAUGCAAGGCGUCGUGGCAGUGAUGGACUGUACCUCGACGGGCGUAGCGUCGCCGUCCUCGUCCACGCGGUGCCGGCUGGGCCCGGCGGGCGGGCACGCGGGGAAGCGGCGCCGGCCGCGGCCGUCCAAGCGCGCGCCCACCACGUACAUCAGCACCGACGCCGCCACCUUCCGCGCCAUGGUGCAGCGCGUCACCGGCGCCGACGAGGCCAACCUGCAGCCGCCGCAGCAGGACGGACUCGGCCUCAGCCUCCUCCUGCCGCACCUCGGCGUCGAGCGGUUCCUACAGGCGGCGGGACACGCGGCACCGCACAUCGCUGCUACACCGUACACGUCUGCCCCGCUCGCCGCGGCGGCAGAGCAGUAG